AUGAAGCUGCUCUGGACCACGCAAAGGAUCAAGACGGCUUUGGGAACCUGGAAACAGUUCACCAAAUGGCGACACGAAAGAGGAGGAAGAGACGAGGACAGAGAGGAGGAAGCCAGAGAAAUGGAAAUGGGCUGGGGUGGUCUGCGGGAUAGCCCAUAG